AUGUCAGCAUUCCUGACGUCGUAUUCUGCCUUUACAAUUGCUCGCAAUUAUAAUUUUUUCUCAGGGAAAUUUUGGCUGACAACUUUCUCAGCACGUAUAAUUUGGACAACUUUCAACAGACGACUUAACCUCUGGCCCCUGACCCUUGCACCUCGUUUUCUUUCUUUCCUUCUUUUUCCCUUUUUCUUUCUUUCUUUCUUUCUUUCUUUCUUUCUUUCUUUCUUUCUUUCUUUCUGUUCCAGCUUUCUUUCUUUCUUUCUUUCUUUCUGUUCCAGCUUUCUUUCUUUCUUUCUUUCUUUCUUUCUUUAUUUCUUUCUUUCUUUCUUUCUUUCUUUCUUUCUGUUCCAGCUUUCUUUCUUUCUUUCUUUCUUUCUUUCUUUCUGUUCCAGCUUUCUUUCUUUCUUUCUUUCUUUCUUUCUUUCUUUCUUUCUGUUCCAGCUUUCUUUCUUUCUUUCUUUCUUUUCUUUCUUUCUUUCUUUCUUUCUUUCUGUUCCAGCUUUUCUUUCUUUCUUUCUUUCUUUCUUUUCUUUCUUUCUUUCUUUUUUCUUUCUUUCUUUCUGUUCCAGCUUUCUUUCUUUCUUUCUUUCUUUCUUUCUUUCUUUCUUUCUUUCUUUCUGUUCCAGCUUUCUUUCUUUCUUUCUUUCUUUCUUUCUUUCUUUCUUUCUUUCUUUCUUUCUUUCUUUCUUUUACUUUUUAAUCCUCCCUCUCCAUUUCAUUCUUUCUGAGCAUUUUAUUUCUUUUAUGCAUUUCUUAAUCUUUUUGUGCUUUCUUUCAUUUUCGUUUUUACUCUUUCUUUCUUUCUUUUUCUUUCUUUCUUUUUCUUUCUUUCUUUCUAAUCCCCCCCACCAUUUAUUUCUUUCAGUGAAUACUGGACAAUUCCUUUCUUUCUUUCUUUCUUUCUUUUUUCUUUCUUUCUUUCUUUCUUUUAUUUUUAUUUUUCAUUCUUCUUUCUUUCUUUCUUUUAUUUUUAUUUUUCAUUCUUUUUUCUUUCUUUAUUUCUUUCUUUCUUUCUUUUUUGUUUCUUUUAUUCUUAUUUUUCAUUCUUCCUCCCUCUCUCCUUCUCUCUUUCUUUCUUUCAUUCAUUUUUUCUCCUUUUCUUUUACUUUUUCAUUCCACCCUCCCUUUCUUGCUGAGUAUUUUAUCUCUUUUAUGUAUUUCUUAAUCUUUCCUAUGAUUCUUUCUUUCUUUCUUUCUUUCUUUCUUUCUUUCUUUCUUUCUUUCUUUCUUUCUUUUCUUUUCUUUUUCUUUCUCAUUCUACCCUCCCUUCCUUUCCGAGCAUUUUAUCAUAAUUUAAUGGUAAUCGUCCAAUAUCUAUCUAUCUAUCUAUCUAUCUAUCUAUCUAUCUAUCUAUCUAUCUAUCUAUCUAUGUCUCUCUCCCUCAGAACAUAG